ACCAAUACAGCUUACUAUUCAGGAACUGGUGCGUGUCUGACUGAGAGUCGGGGUGCCACUUAAACGACCAAGUUAUGGACUAAUCGUAUAUUUUUCAUUUUUUAAGGCUGCUGAUAGAAAUACGGAAACCUCGGUUUAUAGUUUAAGCCGUCAUGAACCUCGGGGAUGGGCUGCUGUUUGAGCUUGAAAAUGGAAAACCCAGAGUGAUUUUGCUUAGCCAUGGUGUCGAUAAAUAUCCAGCAAAGCUGUCCAUAAGAUCCAGACCUGCGAACAUCCUGAGCUCCAGGCAGCCGUCCUCUGUGGAGGAGGUACAGAAAGAGGAGCGUCCAUCUCGGCCACUGACGGGGAGGAACAGGGAGGCCAGGUGUAAGGCAGCGGUUCCCACUCAUUCCUUAACCAACAACAUCAACACCGCUGCCACUGAUGGGAAGAGCACCACCUUAACUUCUUCCAAGAAACAUUUUAAAGAUGGGUGUGUCAAAGCCGGGGCCAAGGCGAAGUCAAAUAAGCACAAACUCAGAGCUGACGUGAAAGCAGGAGAGAGUCAGAACGAUGGGCAUCGAGGUGUUGGAAAUGCAGUUUUUAAGGACGCACAGGGCAGUGGAGAAACAGGGACGAAGGACAGUGUGGUCUGUCUGACCAACAAGCAGCUGCAGCAGAUCCUCAGCGCUGUGCACACCCCCAGCAGCACCCAGCACUCACCCGAGGACCAGGAUGCACCAGGAAGUCAAACUGAGCCAAAGUCUGGCUCCCCUGUGGAUCAAGGAACAGAAACAAAGGCAGAAGAUGGAGAAAGAGAGGAAAUAAAGGAAGGAGGAGAAAGUGAUACUAGAAGCUCACAAGAAAAAGAAAGCAGGCUGUCUGGUAGUCUGUUCAGCUGGCUGGAGGGCCGAGAGUCAGACAGCAGGGCGGCCGUCGACGCCAGGAAGGCUGAGUGGAGGAGAGAGCUUGACGAGCAGGUUGCACUGAAGCAGCGUUCAGCUCCUGGAAAACUACAAGCUUCGGAGUAUGCAGAGAGCGUGUUAUCAGCCCAGAGCUCAGUCAGCCACAGAGAGCAGCACGCAGCCAUCAGAUCCAGCCUCAGGCUCGGGGAGAUCACGCCCAUGGAGGAGCUGCUGAGCACUGAGAGGAAGGAGGCGCAGCGGAGGCGCUGGCUGGAGGAGCUGGACCGCCAGAGGCUGGAGGCGGCCGAGCGCAGGAAGGAGGAGAGACGGCUGCAGAGCCAGACGGAGGACCACGAGCGCUGGGCCACGCACUUCGACUCUCUGCAGAGGAGGCCUCUCCUCCCGCCCCCCCCGCUCUGCGGGCCCGAGCGGGGGGGGUGGGAGCCCUCGUCCAGCCUGUCCCUCUGGGACGCCACCAGCAGCUGUGGGGCCGAGAGCCUCGUCGGAGCCAGCCUGGAUUCCAACAGUGGGUGUCCAACCAGAACCAGCUAUCUGAGGACCAUGACCUCCCUGCUGGACCCUGCCCAGAUAGAGGAGAGGGAGAGGAGGAGGCUCAAACAGCUGGAGCAGCAGAGAGCGAUCGAGGCCCAGAUGGAGGAGCGCAGGAAGCAAAAGAAGGAAGAGGAGGCGAGAAGGAGACGGGAGGAGGAGGAGGAGGAGAGGCGGCUGAUGCUGGAGAGGGAGAUGCUGCAGAGGCAGUACGAGCUGGAAGCCCUGAAGAAGAUCCAGAAGGAGCAGCCGGAGAGAAGCCAGACUGAGAGCAGCCAGCAGGAGACGGCCGUGUCCAGCAUUUCCGGGCAGCUGGGGGAUCUGGAGGAUCCCAGCAGUUCGAUUUCAUACAAAGACACGGCCGUGCAGACAGAAGCAGCAGCCCCUCCCACCCCGGGAGCAGAGAGCGUCCAGGCUGCAGAGCUGGCCGCACAGCACCACCUCCUCCACCACCACCACCAACCGCCUCCGCCUCCCAGCAGCCGGGGCCGAGCGGGGAGGGCGGGGAAGGAGAAGGAGAACAUCUGCGUGCCGGCCGGAGACGAGCCGGACCACCCGGCGGCUGUGAGGACGGAGAGGAGCCGGGGGGAGAAGAGGAGGCCGGACUGGAACACGCUGAGGUGGAGCCACUCCUGA